AACAAUUUUUGUUGAACCAUAGAAUAACUUGAGAAGUACAAUGAUAUAAUUUCAAUGAACAAAAGAUAUUAGAUGGGCAACUUUCCACUGUCAAUCUUCCAGAGUUGUUCAAGCUCUCGUUCAGGAUAGUCUCCAGGAGCCAUGGCGAACACAAAGUCCUACACAUCCAAACAAAGUGGAAAUCGGCUGUGAUAGAAUUUUCUGGAGAUGUUGUCAACACUCUUUCUCCUUGGGAUAUGGAGUCUAGAUCGAUUGACUUCUCCAGAAGCACCUUGACUCCCUUAGAUUUCCACCAUUUUAGUGCCUUAUUUGAAGCUUUUGGUCCUAUAAAUUCCAGGAACCUUGGCCCUUCAUGGAUUAGAGCCACCUUCCUCUCAGGGGAGUCAACUUCAAUCUCUUGGGCAAGUUCCACACCCGUUGGUCCACCUCCAAUGAUUAGGACAGAGCUGGAUGAAUUUAUCUUAUUGUUAUCUGAGAUUGGAAAUGACGAAAGUUACUGAUGAGAAGGGAUAACUUUGAAGACGUGAAUUUUCUUUUAUUCCACAAACCCUUGUGUUUUGCUCUCAUUUCCUAAUUUGCUCGAGGAACCGUGAGACCCAAGAGCAGCACUGAAUCUGACCCGAAUUUGUCUAAUAAGCCACCAAAAUUUUUCUACUGCUGCCACAAGUAAGUACAUGCGAUCUCAACUGCUUGUAAUGGAUAAUAACAGGACAUCAUGCGUCAAGAAGCUUGGAAAAUCAUUAGUGCUUCUUCUCUAUUGCUAUUUUUUCGGACAAAUCUCUAAUUUGUGAAACAAGAAGCUCUAACUUGCAAGCAAAACAUGGCAUGUCAAACCAAUCCAUUUCACAAUGACCAUCUUAACAGUAUAAAUUUCGAUAUCACAAGAUAAGAAUAUUUUAAUUAGAAUACAACCCAGUAGCAUUGACGCUUCACUAUUAUCUUUAUCGUAUACUACCAAUGCAACAGCUGAGAGAAAGCAUGAUAUCAAAAAAUUAGAUAGAUCAAAAGAUCUGGAAAGUAGGAUUCUUGGAUUCCUGAAUGCAGGUAUCUUUAUCCAUUUCGUCCCAAAAUUAGGCCAAGGACAGGGCAUAUCCCGGUGGAAACAACUGGUGUAAAUUGACCCGGUCCACCCCGGUUUAGAAGAAUAUUGGGGGGCUGUAUCACCCCAUCUAUAACCAACCAACUCCUCCCAUUACAAACAAACCUAUCUGUCUCCCUCUCCGUCUUCCAACCCCUUUGCUUCCUUCCUACAUUCAAAAUGACCUCCGACCAAGGAAGGGAAGCCUUGACGUGCGAAGCAGUCUCUAUUUCAAAGAAAAUUUCAGAACAGCAUGCAAAGUUUUGACCAUUCCAAGCACAAGCCCAUGGCUACUGGAGUUAAGGAAGUCCACCUUAAAGAGACGGGCAACUCGGCUCCUUCAACCCCUCGAAGGGUUCUUCUCUCUCAUGGGAGACAAACAACGGCAGACUGCCCUAAUGGGGACAUCCCCAUGGCACAAGAAAAGCCAGUCCCCAACUAUCUCAAACCAACCAUGAGCUCAUGCCAUGACACCUUAUGCACAUACCCCAAGAGCCAGCAACAGCAUGCUGAGGAUUCCAUAGCAGCUGCCGGUGCUAGGAAACGUCUUAUUUCUAUAAAGUCCAUGGAGAAGCCUGCGUUGCCAUCAUCCCUACUUAAUAAAACCCCCAAAGGGAGGACAUCAAGAACCGACCUCUCGCCGAAGGCUGCCCUCUCUCCAAAGAUUGUUCCAGAGAAAGCAUCAAAGGCUCGUACAAUUGGGAAAACUCUGACAAGGGCAAAAAGUCUCCCACAGAGCAUGCCAAAGAGAAGAGAAGCCAAUGGCACCCCUUGCACCACCACUGCGACCAAACCAGAGCAAGAGGAAAAGGUUCCCUCCAUGGACGUUGGGGUGCAUGGUCAUGCUGCCCGACAUGGAUCACAGUCCCCAAAGAGCAACACCGAAGCCAAGCGCUGCACAAGUUCAGAGGAGAGUGAUACUGGGAAGCCAAGGGCUCCUCCAAGGAAGGUGUCAAGGAAGGUUUGCGGAAAUGAGGGAGCGCCGAAGAAGCUGAAGUUCCAGCGAGGGAGGGAACAAGAAGGUGACGGAAAGGAGGCAGUGGCUAAAAGGUUGAAGUUUAAGAAAAGCGAGAGGGGGGUGGAGGCGGCAGGAGAGGGGAAAGCGGAGCAAGAGAACGUAGUGUUAAAGAGACAGGAGGUUAAAGAGAAGGAUCCACCACCUGCCUAUAACGAUGUCAUAGAAGAGACAGCGACCAAGCUGGCAACGAGGAGAAGCAAAGUCCAAGCACUUGUGGGGGCAUUCGAGUCCGUCAUUUCAUUACAAGAACCGGAGACUCAACCGAGUCAACAGCAGGAGCCGGCGGCGGCGAAGGUUGGAAGAGUUGGUCAACCAACUAAACUGAAGCCAGCGAAGGAGGAGGUCAAGAUUGGGAAAACUGACGCUGAAAGAGGUCAACCAGCUCGAAUGAAGCCAGAGGAGGAGGAGGUCAAGGUUGGAGAGAAGGGUGCCGGAAUAGGUCAACCAGGUGAACAACAACAACAGCCAGAGGAGGAGGUGAAGAGUGAGGAGAGUGGCAAGGAGUCGUCAAAGGGCAGUCAAUCGGGUCCAGAGAGUCAACAGAAGGGGGAGGAAGAGAGUGGUGGAGAGGAGUCAAAGGGUGGAGAAUUGGUCUCAGAGGGUCAACGUAGGGAGACGGAGGCAAAGGAAAGUAAGGGAGAGGAGGGUGAUAGCGUGGUGGAGGGGGAUGGAAGCAAUGUGACAAAAGAGUUGACCGAGUCAUUAGAUAAGGGCGGAGAAGAGAGUGCCAAGGAAUAAUGUUGUUGAGCCUUUGGAUCUUUGAAGGUCUUUGACUCUAUUCAUCAAGGGAGAUCUUUGAACUACUUUUACCAAAAACAUUAUGGUGCUCGUUGUUGUAUCGGGAGGUUAAAGGGAGAAGAAUGAAAAAUAAUUGUACCACAAAGAUCAGCUCCUUAUUGUUCAAACAUUUUAUGACAUUCAUGAAUAAUAUAGUUCAUUUAGAUUUAAAA